CGGAGCGCAGUGCGCGGCAGCACCAUGGAGUCCGGCCACUUGGAGAUAGUUUUUGACCGCCUGGGGCACUUCGGCAGAUACCAGAUAUUUAUCUAUUUCACAUGUGCCUUCCAGAACAUCUCUUGUGGUAUCCACUACUUGGCUUCUGUGUUUAUGACAGUGCUCCCCAAGCACACCUGCAGGCCCCCAGGCAAAGUGAGGCAGGUCCUUUUCCAAAAUACCUCUAUUUGGAGGUUGGAGGAUGUCUGGACCCUGUUUACCUCACAAGAGGAAUAUCACGUUGUAGUGCUGCAAGAGGAUGGUGAGGUCUGGGAGCUCAAAAGUUGUCACAGGUACCGGUGGGAAAAUGUGUCACUUUUGAACAAUGAGUACAAUGGCAUUAAAAGUAGCUUUCCUUGUUUGGAUGGCUACAUCUACGACAACAGCAAGUGGUACAGCACCGUGGUGACUCAGUGGGAUCUGGUCUGUAACCGAGAAUGGUUUGCAAGGCUGAUCCAGCCCACAUUUAUGUUCGGAGUCCUGUUGGGAGCGCUGAUUUUUGGCUACCUUUCUGACAGGGUGGGAAGACGAAUGGUCUUGUUGUCCACAAGCAUCGGCAUGUAUGUGUUCGGCAUAGCGGCGGCGUUCAUGCUGGAUUAUUACAGCUUCAUGCUUGCGCGCUUUCUUCUUGCUAUUGUUUCAAGUGGCUAUCUCGUGGUGGUGUUUGUCUAUGUGACUGAAUUUGUCGGCAGGAAGAUUCGGACGUGGGCGUCCGUGCAAGUGCAUUCCUUUUUUGCCUUGGGAACGAUGGUGGUGGCUGUGACGGGCUACUUCGUCAGGACCUGGUGGAGCUACCAGCUAAUCCUCUCCUCAGUGACGAUCCCCUUUGUCUUCUGCUUUUGGGCGCUCCCGGAGACACCUUUCUGGCUUCUUUCAGAGGGAAGACAUGAAGAGGCACAAGCGGUAGUAGAUACGAUGGCCAAGUGGAAUAGGGCAAGCACCUGUAAGCUGUCAGAACUGCUGUCACUGGAUGUCUAUAGUCCUGUUCAUAAUAAGCCUUCUGAAGUUCAGGGGUACAACCUCUCAGAUCUGUUUUAUAACUGGAGUAUUGGAACAAGAACACUUAUUGUCUGGCUGAUUUGGUUCACGGGGUGUUUGGGAUUCUAUUCCUUCUCCUUGAGUUCUGUUAACUUAGGAGGCAAUGAAUAUUUAAACCUCUUUCUCAUGGGUGCUGUGGAAAUCCCUGCCUACAUCUUCGUGUGCUUGGGGAUGGACACCCUGGGCAGAAGAGCUAUUCUGACCUUCUCCCUCCUCUCCUGUGCAGUUUCCUGUGGCCUGUUCAUGCUAAUCCCCAGGAUUUUUUAUCAUUGGGUUAUGUUGACCUCUAUGGUUGGAAAAUUUGCCAUAGGAUCCGUGUUUGGCCUCAUUUACCUUUACACAGCAGAGCUGUAUCCAACCAUGAUACGGACGCAGGCCAUAGGAAGUGGCAGCAUGGUGUCCCGUGCAGGAAGCAUCAUCGCUCCGUUCUCCCUUUACCUCUCCGGCAUUUGGACCUUCAUGCCUCAGCUGCUCGUUGGGAUUUUGGCCUUAGUGAGUGGAAUCCUAACACUAAAGCUUCCAGAAACCCUCGGGCAGCCUCUGGCAACGACUUGGGAGGAGGCCAUGAAACUGGAUGCAGAAAAGAAACAGCAGUCGAGGUGAAUUAUUUCCCACCACGAACCAUCCUGGUGCCGGACAAAAACAGAAGAGGUUAAUUCAGGGGAUUCUGGUCCCGGUGAACAAAUGUGCUGCAUGUAUUCUCUAGCACCUGAAAUAUUGUU